AAACUCCACCUUUUGUGCAGAUCUGCUGUAUAUAGGAGGGCCGUAUUACUACUCCGCUUAUUCUUGGUGAGACUUCAUUCAGGGAAGCGUUGGCACGUUCCUCUGGUUGCUUCUAAAGGUGUAACAUCGCUGUGUGAAUAAGGAGCUGAGAUGGUUUACAGACUCAGGCUGACAAUCGUGUUGCAGACCCUGUCUCUGCUCAUCAUCGUGCCCGCCUGUGAGGCCUCUUCCCUGGGACUCACGGUUCAUGUGGAGCCCAUGCAGAGUGAUGGAGGACAGUCGGUGCGAGCUUAUUUCACCGCCAUUGCGUCCAAUCCGUGUCCCCCGUUGACCGGAGUGUGUACUGAAGGGGUGAAUUGCACCCUUUACAAGGCCUACGAGCCCUUCAGUGGCUCCAUACCAGGACCGGGUUGGUGUGUCCGCCAGUGGCAGCAAGUGGUCCCGAGUAAAUACAAUGGAACCCUCACUUUAAACUCCAUCACCAGUUUUUAUGUGUCAAUGGAUGCGGGGCCACAUGUACGUGCAAACUCCGGGAAACUCAAUUACCCUCCUUAUGUUGCGCUGCCUCCUCCUCUAAGGGCCCACGCCAACUGCCCUCACCACAUCCCCCUGUCCGUGAGGGACCUGGAUGGAGACAAGGUGCGAUGCCGCUUCGCUAUGGAAGAGCAAGGGGAGUGUGUCAACUGUUCUCAACACUCUUUUAUAGAACUGCACCAGGAUGCAUGUGAAUUGACGUUCACUGGAAAUGCACCAGCUGGGCAUUAUUCCAUCUACCUGAUGGCAGAGGACCACAUUCCUACACCCAAAAUUUGCCAAAAAAACACGAGCCAACCCCUCAGCUCUGUACCUGUGCACCUGUCCCUCACUGUGGAGGCGCCGUCGAGCAGCUGCACAGAUGAAGCUGUGGCGACAGGGAAGACCCCCAAAGAGCACUUUACCUUUCCUGUCCUGCCAUUCGAAGAAGUGAAAUUUGGUGCUGACUUCAUGUCAAAAAAAGAAAGCGUUUCUGAGAUCGCUGUUGUUGGCCAACCUGGGCUCUUCAAGUACGACUUCGCUUCAGCUGGCGCCAAGUCGCACGUGUCCAUGUCUUGGGUUCGUUCUGAAAACCAGCUGACCCACGUUCUCCCAGUCUGCUUCGUCGCCAACACCAUGAGUUUGCAGUCAGAGCCAAGAUGCGUGUGGCUGUACCAAAGAGAAAUGAAGACACUGCCAGCAGGAACAGAGCUGAGGUGCAAUAAGACAGAGAUGACACUGGUCCUUCCUCUUGCCUCACUGAGCAACAUCAACCUGGCGGAGCUGCAGCUGAACAGCGCAUCUUGUCCCGUCAGCUACAAUGACACUCACCUCACCGCCCGCAUCUCCUUGAACGGCUGCGGCACCAAAACUGUGCAAACUGGCAACGAGCUGGUUUACACCAACACCUUGAAAAGCGUGCGUUCCUUUACCAUGAUCAGCCGCCACCCCACCCUCAUCCUCCCGCUGGCCUGCCGCAUCCCGGCAGCCAAAGCCAGCGGUCCAUCCUUCAACGUCACCGUUCCCGUAGAGUCCUUUGAAGACGUUGACAUUCGGUUGGAAUUCUACUUACCAGGAGAGGGGCCCCUGUCAAGGUUCACAGGGACACCGCAGAUCCAGGUCGUACCACUUUUGCCGGGAGAACUGCGGUCGAAAUCGGCGCUAAGGUAUCAAGGUGGUUCAGGCAACGGCGAAGUACGUAGUUCAGGCGACGGCGAAGUACGUGGUUCAGGCGUCGGCGAAGGACGUGGUUCAGGCGACGGCGAAGUACGUGGUUCGGGCGUCGGCGAAGGACGUGGUUCAGGCGUCGGCGAAGGACGUGGUUCAGGCGACGGCGAAGUAAGUGGUUCAGGCGACGGCGAAUUGGGGUCCACGAUUGACAAACUGGACAUCUAUAUUUCCGCCAACACAACUGUGGAUCGAGUUCAAAUGAUCAUCAAAAGCUGCCUGGCGUCCGAGACAGCAGACUUUGCUGCAUCCAGCGUCAUUUUGCAGGAAGGAUGUGCAACUUCCAACACAACAGUGGAGAUCAUUACAGACCAGAGCAAUGUUACCAUCUAUCGCAUUGAUUUGCCCACCCUGAACACACAAGGAUCAAUGAUGUACUUCCGCUGUGUUGUCCAGCUGUGUGUCACCUUCCUCCCCUCUCAGAAGUGCCCCGCAGGGUGCAUGGAGUCCCAGGGAGAGAGAGAGGUGCCCAACGCGAUAACCAGGACCGUCACCGUCAAUUCGGGACCUGUGAGUCUUGUGGUCACCACUCCAGCUCCCAGGGUGAACACCACCACGGCAACCACGGCAACCACGGCAACCACUGCUACCACGGCUACCACUGCUUCGACUGCUACCCCUGCUUCCACUGUGUCCACUGCUACCACUGUGUCCACUGUGUCCACUGCUACUACUGCGUCUACUGCUACUACUGUGUCCACUGCUUCCACUGUGUCCACUGCUACUACUGCUUCCACUGCUACCCCUGCCACUACUGUGUCCACUGCUACCACUGCGUCCACUGCUACCCCUGCUAAUACUGUGUCCACUGCUACCACUGCAUCCACUGCUACCACUGCUUCCACUGCUACUCCUGCUACUACUGCUACCACUGCUACCACUGCUAACACUGCAACCACUGCUACCACUGUGUCCACUGCUACCCCUGCUACCACUGCUUCCACUGCUACUACUGCUUCCACUGCUCCAACUGCUACCACUGCUACCACUGCUACCACUGCUUCCACUGCUCCAACUGCUACCACUGCUACCACUGCUGCCGCUGCAACCACUGCAGCAAUUGCAGCACCUGCAGCAACUGCAGCAACUACAGCAACUACAGCAAGUGCAGCUCCAAAGAAGACAUCUUCCAUGGCGUUGGCGCUGAUCCUCACCACCACCGGCAUAUUUCUUCAGCACAUUUAUAUUCGCUAAAGAAUCUGACCGACCAGGACAGUUUUAUUCAUCCUAUGCUCUCUAAUAACACUUAAGUAUUUCUUGUUGCUAUCGAAUGAAGGCAAAUAUGCCUGAAACAUACCAGUGGAGGAUUUGUAUUGUAUUUAAAGCAGGAGUCUCAAACUCAAUUUGCCUGGGGGCCACUGGAUGCAGACACUGAGUGAGGCUGGGCCGCAAGGAAAGAUUUCUUUAAAAAAAAACAACAUGCACGUUUUAAUGAAUUCACCUUCUUUGAACGGCUUUCCCACCCUAGAAACCUACAAGCCAACCCUCCCUUUUUUUUCCAGGAGACUCCCGAAAUUAAGUGCAUAUCCCAGGGUAUGCGUUGUCCAAAUAUUUGUCCUGAUUUUCACCCAGUCAACAAUACCAUAAGAGUGCCUUACCGCCUUCUACAUGUCAUCGCUUUGAACUUAACAUCCUAUUAACAGAGCGCCGCCUAGUUGUAGACUCUAAGAGACUUUGGUGGACACACGAGAGUGACUACAAGACAUACUCGAUCAACAGCCAUACAGGUCACACAGAGGGUGGCCGUAAAACAAGUUUAUCACUGUUAAAAAUAUCUGCCACACUGUGAACACACACCAAACAAGAAUGACAAACACAUUUUGGGAGAACAUCCGCACUGUACCACAACAUAAACACAACAGAAGAAAUACCCAGAACACCUUGCAGCUCUAACUCUCCACCUCGACUGACGCAGGGGGGGGGGGGGGGAGCAGAGUUUGGAGGCGGGGUUUGGUGGUAGCGGGGUGUAUAUUGUAGCCCGGAAGAGUCGGGGCUGCAUGGGAUUCUGGGUAUUUGUUCUGUUGUGUUUAUGUAUAAACAUGCACCUGGGGAUAGGUUGAUUGGCAACACUAAAUUGGCCUUAGUGUGUGAAUGUGAGUGUGAACGUUGUCUGUCUAUCUGUGUUGGCCCUGCGAUGAGGUGGCGACUUGUCCAGGGUGUACACCGCCUUCCGCCCGAUUGUAGCUGAGGUAGGCGCCAGCGCCCCCCGCGACCCUGAAAGGGAAUAAGCGGUACAAAAUGGAUGGAUGGAUGGAUGGAUGAAUGGAUGGAUGGAUGGGUGUUUAUGUUGUGUUACAGUGCGGAUGUUCUCCCAAAAUUAGUUUGUCAUUCUUGUUUUGUGUGGGUUCACAGUGUGGCGCAUAUUUGUAACAGUGAUAAACUUGUUUAUACAGCCACCGUCAGUGUCUCCCAAAAUUAGUUUGUCGUUCUUGUUUGGUGUGGGUUCACAGUGUGGCACAUAUUUGUAACAAUGAUAAACUUGUUUAUACAGCCACCGUCAGUGUGACCUCUAAGUAUGCCUUCACUGACGCGUGUUUGCAGAAACCUUACAGAACAUGUGGUUGAGAUUGUAUGCUGUAUGUUUGAUGAAAAGGUGGAUGCUAUGACUUCAGAAAUGUCUGGAAUGGUACGCUUUUAGUACAAGUUGUAGAGGGCGUCAAAGGCAGUGUCAACACGGCACCCAUUGAACAUUGUUAUUUGGGUGAAAACUGACAGAUGUUCGCGGGAAUGAUUACCCUUGAAUGAUUGCCUUGAAAUUCCGGAGUCUCCCGGAAAAUUGGGGAGGGUUGGUAAUUAUAGCAAACAUGACAAAUAUGUCGCUGCCAUGCGCCAUUCAUAUAAAACUCUCGGGCCACAGUUAUACUAAAUUUACAUAUCAAGGUGCGGGCCGCAAAAUAACGUCUCACGGGCCGCAGUUGGCCCGCGGGCCGCGAGUUUGAGACCCCUGAUUUAAAGUAAAUACGCAUGCAUGGGCAUCUCAACAAAUGAAAAUACCUUUGAAAAGUGCAAUAAUCUACACCAGUGGUUCUCAAACCAUUCAGCUCGCCAAGUACCAACAUAAGGACCAACAAUAGAAUAAAGUAGCAUAGUAGGCCUAAAUAUUCAUUAAAAAAAAACAAGGCAACGAUAUUAUUCAACAUGUAUAUUUAAUAUAUUUGGCCACUUUAACACUACACAGUUUGAACAGUACUACUGUAUGAGAAUCGCUUAUCUAUAAUAUUUCAGGAAUAUUUUGUUAAAUCAUAUUGGUGAUUUUUUUCAGAUUUUACUUCCUGAGGCCUUUAAUUAGUCUUACUUAAACUCCUGAAAUAAAUAAACCUCUGCCAUGAAUGGAUUUACGUGGAACCCGACUUAAACAAGUUGAAAAACUAAUUUGGGUGUUACCAUUUAGUGGUCAAUUGUACGGAAUAUGUACUGAACUGUGCAAUCUACUAAUAAAAGUUUCAAUCAAUCAAUCCAACAAUAUUCUAAUUUAUUGACAUACACCUGUAUCGGACUAGAUGGCGCUAUACCAGGGGUCACCAACCUUUUUGAAACCAAGAGCUAUUUCUUGGGUACUGAUUAAUGAGAAGGGCUACCAGUUUGAUACACACUUAAAUACAUUGCCAGAAAUAGCCAAUUUGCUCAAUUUACCUUUAAUAAAUAAAUGUAUGUGUAUAAAAAAAAAGGGUAUUUCUGUCUGUCAUUCUGUCUUUCAUUUUUUUUUCUUUUACCAAAGGUUUUUUAUAGAGAAUAAAUGAUGAAAAAAACACUUAAUUGAACGGUUUAAAAGAGAAGAAAACACGGAAAAAAAGAAAAUUAAAUUUUGAAACAUAGUUUAUCUUCAGUUUCGACUCUUUAAAAUUCUAAAUUCAACCCCGAAAAAUGAAGAGAAAAACUAGCUAAUUCGAAUAUUUUUGAAAAAUUACAAAAAAAAAUUAUAAAACAUCAUUAGUAAUUUUUCCUGAUUAAGAUUAAUUUUUAGAAUUUUGAUGACAUGUUUUAAAUAGGUUAAAAUCCAAUCUGCACUUUGUUAGAAUAUAUAACAAAUUGGACCAAGCUAAAUUUCUAACAAAGACAAAUCAUUAUUUCUUCUAGAUUUUCCAAAACAAAAGUUUUAAAAGAAAUUCAAAAGACUUCAAAAUAAGAUUUAAAUUUGAUACUACAGAUUUUCUAGAUUUGCCAGAAUAUUUUUAUUUUAUUUUAAUCAUAAUUAGUUUGAAGAAAUAUUUCACAAAUAUUCUUCGUCGAAAAAACCGAAGCUAAAAUGAAGAAUUAAAUUAAAAUGUAUUUAUUAUUCUUUACUAUAAAAAAAAAAAUACUUGAACAUUGAUUUCAAUUGUAAAGAAAGAAGAGGAAGGAAUUCAAAAUGUAAAAAGUUAAAUGUGUUUAAAAAUCCCAAAAUCAUUUUUAAGGUUGUAUUUUUUCUCUAAAAUUGUCUUUCUGAAAGUUAUUAGAAGCAAAGUAAAAAAAUAAAUGAAUUCAUUUAAACAAGUGAAGACCAAGUUUUUAAAAUAUUUUGGGGGAUUUUCUAUUUGAGUUUUGUCUCUCUUAGAAUCAAAAAUGUCGAGCAAAGCGAGACCAGCUUGCUAGUAAAUAAAUACAAUUUUAAAAAUAAAGGCAGAUCACUGGUAAGUGCUGCUAUUUGAGCUAUUUUUAGAACAGGCCAGCGGGCGACUCAUCUGGUCCUUACGGGCACCGCGUUGGUGACCCCUGUGCUAUACUGUAUAACGCUUGUCUAGGCUUAUACAGUACGGAGCCUACACAAGGACACUUGAGGAUUAGUAGUGGAGUGGGUAUGCAGAAAUCACAUUCAAUGAUAAUUUUACAUAAUAUUUGGGAGAUUUGUUUGAUAUUUUUUGUCAUGCCUGUUGUCCUCGUGACGUAUUCAUGUCUGCAUUAUCUCCAUUUUGCAGUUAAACUGAGAAGGUGUAUUUAAAAUAAGUUGUGGUAUUUAGUUUCCCGGUUGUGUUUGCGCUAUAAUAAUGCAUCAUCACUGUAACAUGGAUAUAAAUAAACCACUUUUGCAACCACA